GGAGGAAUAGUGCCCCAUCAUUGGUGUCAGUGGGGGGAUGGGAGGAAUAGUGCCACAUCAUUGGUGUCAGUGGGAGGAAUAAUGCCCCAUCAUUGGUGUCAGUGGGAGGAAUAGUGCCCCAUCAUUGGUCUCAUGACACAAAUGAUGGGGCACUAUUCCUCCCACUGACACCAAUGAUACUUACCUUGCUGACCCCUGCUCCAGCCUGGGCUCGCUCUCUCACUUACCUGUCAGCUGUCUUCCUUCUCUGGCCGCUCUCCUCUUCACUCGCUCCCUCGGUCUUCUUUGAUGUCCGCGCACUGCCGCUUGGCUCCUCCUCUCCAAGCUCCACCUCCUCGCCGGUGAUUGGCCGCCUGUGUGCCUCUCCUGAGCUACAGUUCCGG